ACUAAACUUAAUUACCCCUGCAAGAAACUUCACCCUGCUUGUCCUAGCGCGCUUGCCACGGUUGAGGCUCACUGACACAUCGUUUUCUCCGUAUGCGAAAGCCGCAAAACAAUUGAUACAGCGACAUAAGAGAGUAUUUUAAUUUGCUUCGCUACUCCAAGUUUUGUAAAAUGGUCAGUAAACCGGAUAGUGCUGAAGUGGCCACCGACAAGAAGCGCCGCAAGACUAGCAGUUCUAACGCCACGGAAAAUACCGCAACAAGUGCUAAGCUUUCGAAGGAGGAUGUUUACAUGAACACAAUCGCAUUCGAAGAGCAGGAAGCCAGCAAACGUUCGCCAGUGAAGGAUGCCGCUUUAUUCCAUGCGACGUGCGAUGAACUGCGCACGGUAUUCGCGGACAUUGCUAAGCUGAAAACAGACAACACCGAAGACGCCAAGGCGAGAAUCGCCGACAAGCGGAUCGAAGGAUCGCUAGCGUUUGUGCUGCUGAAAAAGUUGAACCGUCUCGAUAAGGUGCGCAUUCGCGAGGGCCGCGAUGCGCUGCACAAGGAGAAACUGCGCGUCGACAGCAAUCGGCUGCAGCUGCAGAACUUGCUGUACGAGGCGGAGCAUUUAAAACGGGAAGUGCAGCGAUGCUACAUGUUCAAGAGCCAAGACGAGGAGAUCGAGCUAGUGCCGGAGGAAGAGUUUUACGAACAGGCCCCAGCAUCCGUUUCCCGGCCUGAAAGCACGAAAAGCGACGAACAUGCGCGACGCAUCGCUAGGCUGGAAUGGGAGCUACAGCAGAGGAAGGAAUUGGAUGCGCAUCUGAAGGAACUCCUUUCCUUGAAGCAGGCGAUUGAAAAGGAUAUUGUUGCCAAAACCGAGCGUCUAGAUUCGUUGGGGCCACGGCUAAGAGAUUUACUCAUCGCAACCCGGCCACUGCAAGAAGCCCUAGAAAUGCCAAUCGAGAAAGGCUGGAAGAUACGGAAAACGGUUCGACUUCUGCCACAACCGUUGUAUCUGCUCUACGCCAAUGUGACUGCCUACGGAGAGGCCAACGACACCCUUCUCACCACCUCGAUCCAGGGCGAUGAAGAGGAGGCACGGCAAAUGGCGGCCGCUGUUAGCUCGUACGAAUCGGAAGCACACCGUGCCAGAGAUUCUAGCAACAAUUCCCGCGAUCGUGCCGAUUCGGAUAACGAUGAAAACGAACACGAAGCAGAUCGAGGCGCGAAAAAACGACAUCAUCGAGACCACAUGAAGCCCAGCAUAGAUGAGCAGCGGCGUGAAAAGCUGUUCAAACCUCAUCCCCUUAGCGUGACAAUAACGAUCCGCGCAAAGGACUGUCCUCCGGAGCUGGUUGCCGACCGGCAGCCCGGUCCCGGCCUUUCGCUGACUUUCUCCUACCUGCCCAACAUGCAGGUGGUGACGGUGAACAUUGCGCUGGUAGAUUUGCAUUCGUCCGGCGCAGCCGCCGGUGAUGUUCUAUCGAUCGAGACCGUUUUGAAUGAGCUCUGUCACGGCGACAAGGGUGAGGAAUGUCCUAAUCCGAAGAUAAAGUACCAGCUGCAAGAUCUGUCGAUCGAAAUCGAUCACCUGACACGCAUUCUGAGGGAAAGAAACCUUGGCAAACCGUUCCUGUGGUCACAGCGGCUGUGCGGACUGGAUCACACGUCGGCCGCGUACACAUGCGUGCUUAGCCAUGAUGCCGCGAACGACCAUCCCGAAGUCCAGACGGAUAAGCUGCACGAAACGAUUCCAUCGAUCAUUCGCUCUGUUCGCGCACGCUGGGAAGCCCGGCUAAAGCUGUACAAGCAGAUCCACGAUUUAGAGAGCAAAAUGAUCGACACGUCGAUCAACGAUGAGCGUGGCCACCCGAUACGCAUCUCGAGCACGGUACUGCAGUGGAGUUCCAUCUCGUUCGAAGACUACGUGUCGUCCGGGGUGGCAAAGAUGUUCCUGGAGGACGGCAUGGCCACCGCCAGUGACCUCUACUUCCGGGCAAUAGUCAUCCGUGGUUCUGCCAAGCUGGAGUGCUACAUAUGCGUACCAUGCCGGUAUCCAGACAGUUCGCCCCUGUGGUCCUUCUCACUCAACUGGAACGGCAAGCAUACCGCGUCGUGCAACAGUUCCGUCAGGGAAAUGGAAUACUGGUGCAACAGUUUGUCGGCAGUGAACCACUCGUUCGACAUUUUGCCGAAGCAGUUGAAGCGCGCGAUGUCCUGCUUAGAUAUUUACCUGGAAACCGAAGGACCGUACUACACACCGGCCGAGUUUACGCAGGACAAAAGCUUUCUUAAACCGUUCCGCGGUCGUACAAGAGCGCAGCCAUUCCGAAUUGCACCGAACGGAAGCAGCUCUCUGUUUACCCAAAUCUAGCGGGCACCAUGCCACCCCUCGCAGUCGCAGUCAAAUAAUGGUCCCUUUCUUUCGACGGUCCAGCUCGCUGCGUUUGAAUUUUGAUUAGUAUGAUGAUUAUUGAUAAAGGGAGUUCUAUAAAAAUUCUAUGCACAAUAAAGGUUGCAGUCUGUCAGCACGUGCAACACACAACCGAACUGCACGUGAGACUGACGCUACUACAUCA